AUGUUGUGGCCCAAGUUAGUCUGUUUUGCCUUGGUCAGCUUGGCUCUUUGCCAACUUUAUCAGGCUGCCAGCCAGGAGACAUUCUCCGCCUGCCCCGUCAACUUUACCCGUGUGGCUGAUAAAUGCCUUCUCGCCGAUAGUUCCUGGAAGAGCUGGUACGAAUCGGAUCGUCAUUGCCGGUCCAUCAACGCCGGACUGUUGAGCAUCAAGAACCAAACCGAAUUGAAGGCCAUCAAUGAGUGGCUGCCGGUGGCGGCGCCUUACCAACUGGAGUUCUGGACAGCUGGAAACAAAUUGGGCGAAGUAUCGACCCUAAUUGAUUACUUCUGGCAGAGCACCGGGGAUAGGGCUCUCUAUCUGCCCUGGGCGGUAGGUCAGCCCACUCCUGCCAGCGGUGAUUGCCUGACUUUGCUGGCCAAUUACUCCACCUCUACAGGACAACUGGUCGUGGAAGAUCACCGCCUGGCCGUAAAGAACUGCACCCAGUGGGCUCCCCACAUCUGCCAGACGGAGCCGGUCCAGUUCAAGACCCAGUUGUGUCUCAACCCCGAAGCCUUCCAUGAGGUUCAAGUACCUCUGUAAAGCUAACUCUUGAAAAUAAUAAAUGUGAUGUGUGCUU